AUGGAAAAUGAUAACGCUGAUUCAGAUGACUAUUAUGAGAUUUGCAACGAAAAUUGGACACACGAUACAUUUGGGGAGCUAGAAUACACUCAGAGUUUAGAAAAAAAUAUAAUAAAACAAUUUAAUAAAAAAGAGUCAAAACAAAACGUAUUUUUUUGUUCUGAUAAACCACAAAUAAAUAAACCUGAAGAUAACAAAUUAAAUCAAAAUGACAUGAACGAAUCUGGUGAAAUUCACGAAUUAAAAAAAAAUAUUAAUUCAAAAAACUUGGAAUUAAAUAAUAAUAUUUAUGAAAAUGACAAAAAUGACGAAGAAAUUUGUAUGCUUAAAGAUAUUUAUGAGGAGCUCGAAAAAGGAAAUAAAGACAAUAAUAAAAGUCAUAUGACAACUAGCCAAGCUGAAAAUGAUGAUGAAUUCAUUGAAAGAGAUAGCUGUUUCUAUGAUGAUGGAUCCCCUAAAAAACAUAAUGAAAAUUUUAUCAAAAAAAUAAAAUUACUUAAUAGUAAUAACGAAUCAGAUAAUAUGGAUUCACAUUCAAACAUAUUUAAUAUGAACGAUUCAGAUUUAUAUCCGUGGAGCAAUUUAGCUAAGAGCGGAGAUUAUAAUUACGAAAAUUAUGACAAUGAAGACAAUAAAUUAAAUACAACCAAUUCAAAAGAUAGCAUAUUUGAAAAUAAUAAAGAAGAAGUGGAAUUAUAUCAAAAAAGAAAGAGCGUAAAUUUGUUGGGAAAAUAUAAAUUAAACAAAAUCAAAUUAAACGACCAAGAAAACGAUAAAGAAAACGAUAAAGAAAACGAUCAAGAAUAUGAUCAAGAAAAUGAUCAAGAAAAUGACAUUGUAAACAUAUUAAAUGAUAAUUUAAAAGAAAAAAUUAUGUUUUAUUCCAGUAUUAAUGAACCUAAUAAAAAACUUAUUAGGAAGGAUUCAGAUUAUAAUUACAUUAAUGAAAGUAUAAAUAAAGAUAUAAAUUAUAAUAUAAAUAAUAUUUCAAAUAAAUGCAGUAAUAAUGCAUCUAGAGUUAAUUAUGAUACCAGUUUUUAUGAAAAUUUUUCAAGUUAUAAUAAAAGAAAUAUAAGCUUGAACGAAAGUGAUAUGUUUGUGAAAAGGGAUCAAACUAAUAGUGUCUAUGAUAAUUCACUUAGUAGUAGCAUAAGAAUGUUUAGCAACGAUGAAAUGACUAGUACGAGGAAAGAUAACAUAAAAAUUUAUGAAAAAAAUAAUGUAAAUAAUUUUGAACAUCAAUUAGAUUCAUCAAAUAACAAGAUUAGUUAUAAUUCCGAAAAGAUAGAUACCGUUUUAGAUUCACAAGAUAAAAUUGAUAAUGAAUACACCAAAUCGGUAGAUAAUAAAAAAUAUAAUAAUUCUGAAAAAAAUUCAUGUAAAAGUAGUGAUGACAACGAUAGUACAUGUAUCCACGUUGACUUAAAUGAUGAAGAAUCGUGGAAUGAAACUAAUAAUGAAGAUAAAAAAAAAAAUGUAAAAAAGGGUGAAAAAGUAAAAGAAACACCAAAAAAAAAAAAUAUAAUUCCAAAAAAGGGAGUAGUUACAAUAUUAAAAGACAAAAUUAUCAAACCAAAUAAAACAAAAAUUAAUGAAAAUAGUUCUAAUAAAAAAAAGGAAAAAAAUCAACCUGUUAUUUUAGAAGAAUAUAAAAAUGAUACAAUAUUAAAAGAUCUAAAUGCUGAAUUAUGUAAUCAAAUUAAAAAACUUGAAAAUGAACAAGACAAAGUAAAAAAGUUAGAAUAUCAAUUAAUUGCAAAAAGUGCUGAAAUAGAAUUAGAGAGAGAAGAAAUGCGAAACAAAAUGGAAGAUGAAAAAAAAAAAAUGAUCAAAACUAUAGAUGAAGAAAAAAAAAAAUGGCUUAAGGAAAAAAAAAGGAUAGAAAACGAAGUAGAAAAACAACGUAACAUUAUAAUGAAUAAAAGAAAAUUAAAAAAUGAUGUAGCUAUUCUUAAAAAUAAAAUUAAAGAAUUAGAAGAAAAAAUCGAAACAGAUAAAAAACAACAUAAAUUUAUUGUAGACAAUUUGAAAAAGAAAAUAGAACACUUAUCUAUUGAAAAUGAUAAAUUAAAAAUGGAGUUAAAAUUAUCAGAUGAAUAUAGAACUAAGAUGGAGAAAUAUCAGCAGAAUACCAUAAUGAAGCUAGCCACAACAGUUGCAAAGGAAAAAGAUAAAAAUCUCACAGAUAGAAAUAAUAAAGAAAACGAUAUAAAUGAAAAAAACAUGUUAUACUCCGGAAAUGAUUAUAUUCAAAAAGAUCUAUGUUCUAGUGAUUUAGAAAAUAAUAGAAAGAAAGAAAAAAACAGGGAAAAAGGUAAUGUGUCUAAAAUAAAAGAUAGCGAACAUAAAAAAAACAGAAAAGAAAAUGACAUUAGAAAAGUGUUAAACUAUUUAGACCAAAUUAAUGAUAGUGACAAAACAGAUAGCUCUGAAAACUCUAACGAAUUUAAAAAAAUAAUAAAAGAUCAAAAUAAAAAAAUCAUACAAAAUGAGUUAGACAUAAUGUAUGAAUAUACUAGUAGUGAUUCUGGUAAUUAUAAAAAGUGUUCAAACAUAGAAGAUGGAUAUCACGAUAUAAAAUUGACAAAAAAAAAACUAUUGAAUAAUGAUAGAGAGGAAAAGGGAGGAAAACAAAAAAAUAAACAAAAAAUUACAUUGGAUAAACUAUUUCUUCAUGAGGAAAAUAAAACAAAACAAAAUUUAGAUUCUCUAAAAAAGGAAGAAUAUAUAAAUAAAAAUUUACAAAAAAUGAAAUGCUUAAUUAAUAAAAAUAAAGAUAAAUUAAUAAAUGAUAAGAGACAAAUUCAAGAAGAUGAAAUGAGUCUUGCUGCUAGUGAGUAUUAUAAAAAUUUUAAAGACCGUUUUUUUGAAAGUUGUAAUGAUGAAAAAAAUGAUAAUAAUUAUACUUUUUUAAAGGAUCAAGAAAUACAAAAAAAAUCAAUGCUUUAUAAUAAACCCUCACAACUAAAAACAGAAAAUACCCCCAAAUCAUCUAUCCCCAUUUUAAAUGAUAAUUCUGAUACCACAAAUUUAAGCACAUGUAAUAAGUAUGUAAACAAUAUGAAUAAAAUCAACAGAGGAAAUAAAUCAUCAGAUAAUGCAAUAAAUUCUUUUCAAAGUUCAAAUGAGAUGAAAAUAGAGAAAAAUAUAAAUAAAGGUGAAUAUACAAAUGAUUCAAAUGUGCAUAGUAGUGACACUAGUGUCUAUUUACCGAAUAAUAUAUAUCCAAAGCAUCUAGGAAAUGAAAGUAUGAGUUCAAGCAGUAAUAUGAAUAAAGAUAUAAGUAAACUCAAUAAUGAUAAUGAUAUUUUUUUUGAUAAUAAUUUAAAAUAUGAAAAUGAUUCUAAAAAUAAAACCCCUAAUAACAGUGAUCAUAACUUAAACCCUUUUGGUAAACACUGGGAUUUUAUAAUAAAUUUUAACUUUGAUGAAUUGUUUAAUAUUUGUGAACAUGUUAUUGAAUCUAUCUUUUCAUCGUCAAAAAAAAUAAAAUAUAGACAAGCUUUUGUUGAUGGGAAAGUGGAAACAUUAUUUGAGGAUGGCUUAAAAAUUAUUGAAAAAAACAAAAAUAAAAAAAUCAUAGACCCUACUAAUAUAGUCAUUUAUCUUUAUCCGAGUAAAGAUUAUCGAGCCACCUUCCCUAAUUCGUAUACGCUAUUUCGAUUUGUUAAUAAAGGAAUAUAUCAAGUGAACAUACCUGGCAAAUGCCAAUUAAAUAAAUUUCCUAAUGGACAAAUAGAUUGUAAAUACAAUGAUGGUCACAUGCAAAUAUUAUUUUGUGAUGGACGGAAAAAGGAAAUUUUACCCAACAAAGAGGAAUAUGCCAUACUACGCAAUGGUGUCAUAAAAAGGUUAAAUUAG